UGGUGUCUGGGCCGAGGGAGGGGGUGCUCCUGUGGGCGUGAUGCUGGGGUAUAAGUCAGUGGUUCUAACCUGUCUCUCCGGUUGUCCCCCCCCCUCCCCCCAGGGCUGCCCAUGUACUUGAAGUCCCUGCGCUGGGCCCUGGCGGUCAUGGCCGUGCUCCUGGCGGUGUCCACGGUCGCCAUUGUGGCCCUGGCCUCUAGAACAGGGGCCGUGUGCCGGCCGUGUCCCCAUGGCUGGCUGUGGUCUGGGGAGCACUGUUACUGCCUCUCUACUGAAGCUCAAGCCUGGGAGGCCAGCCAGGCUUUCUGCUCCGCCCACCAUGCUACCCUCCCCCUGCUGAGCCACACCCAGGACUUCCUGGGCAGAUACCCUGUCACCAAGUACUCCUGGGUGGGGGCCCGGCGAGGCCCCCAGGGCUGGCACUGGAUCGAUGGGGGCCCCCUGCCACCCCAGCUAGUCCCGGAGGAAGACAAGGACCAGCCGGGUCUGAAGUGUGCGGGCCUGGAGGGAGGCAAGCUCAUGGCUUUGGACUGCGCCUCUUCAAGACCCUGGGUCUGUGCCCAGGGGACCAACUGACUGGGGUUCUGCCCAUUCCAACCCUGUUGGGGGCAUACAGUUCCCUCCCGAGGGGGGCCUAUCCCCUGGACCCAGGCUCCCACCGCUCCCUGCUUGGUGCCUGGGGACCCUGCCUGAGCGAAGUAGGGAGCUGGGCCUCUGUUACAGGAAGAUCACCUCCGGGGAAGGCUUUCUGUGGCCCAUCUUCGCCUCCAGCUGCUGAAGAGGAUUUGUUCAGAGACCUUGAAAUGGUUUCUUUUUUUUUUUGCAUUUCUGAGCCUUGGUCUCUCCCUCAUGUAAAUGGCCAUUACCCAUUCUCUCCCUUACCUGCUUCAUCACAAUGCACCCUUCAGUCCUAGAGGAACGGAAAGGAUUAGUGAUCACAGGUGAGCCCCACCUGAGUGGACAUCAAGCCAUGAAAUGAGUGUUCCACUGGUUUGUGGCCAGAGGGCUUGUCAGCGGUGACAUCCUUGCUAUAAAUGCCGUUUCCAGGCGAGGGGCACACAGCUCACCCGUGUCAGCAAGUGAGAAGUGGUGGCCCCCGGAGGAGGAGGAAGGUUGCACACUGAUGGCCAAGGCUGGGUCGAUGGGGAGAGGACCACCAUGGU